AUGUCUAAGGAGGAGGACAUUCUUGGGCUCAUCGAGCUGCAAUACGACCGGCAGCACCGCAUGGAGCGGCUGCUGGACAAUGCACGCAAGUCCGGUCAACUGAAGUCAGUUGGCGGGUUGACGUCUCGUUUGCAGGUUCUCGACACGUACUGGGCUCAGUUCCAGGAUGAUCAUCGCACGAUCCGAGCGUCUCGCCUCAAGACCGUGCGAGAGUCAGACUACGUGCAACAGGAUGCCUGUGGCACGGUACAGGAAGUCUACAUUGCGCAGCGCGCAGAAAUCCAAACCCUGCUCGAUGGGUUGAAGGUUCAGGAGGCUGAGUCGGCUGCUCACGCAGUUCCCGCGCAGGCGGUAGUGCCCGAGGCUUCGUUGCCUCGCAUUCCCAUUCCGAAGUUCGAAGGGAAGUUUGACGAAUGGCGCAAUUUUAAGGAUCUCUUCGAGUCCUUAAUAGUCGAUAACCCGUCGUUAGCAUCAGUUCACCGGAUGCAUUAUUUAAAACAGAGCGUGUCGGGAGAGCUUGAACGUCUGCUCCGGCACUACGGCGUCGCUACUGGCUCGUUUGAGCAAGCGUGGGAAGCGCUAUGUGCACGGUACGAUAACCGUCGUUUGCUUGUGGACCAGCAUCUCGACGCUUUCCGGGAUAUUGGCCCGAUGCGUCAGGAGAGCGUCUCCGAGGUUCGGAGGCUGCUGGAUCGAGCCAGCGAGCUGCGAGCCGCCUUGCGCCUUCUUGACCAGCCAGUGGAUGCUUGGGACGUGAUAUUGGUCAAUAUCCUCCGUUUCAAGCUAGACUCUGCAACGCGGCGGGCCUGGGAGAUGGCCACCGCGGACCGGCGCGAGCCAGUGAGCUGGGACAGACUGGCAGUCUUCCUGGACGAGCGUCGGGUGGCGCUCGAGGCGGUUGCCGCGGCUCCGUCCAUUGGGGACAGCCCCCGUGCCUCAUCGGCAUCCGAGCGGACUGGUCGACGAUCGCUGCAUCUCCAUCGGCCCAAGCCGACCCGUUGCGCUGAGUGCGGUUCUGAGCAUGGACUCAGAGAGUGUUCGGCCUUUAAAGAUUGGCCGGUCUCUUCGCGACGGGCAAGGGUGCGCGCUCUCGGGUUGUGCUUCAACUGCCUCGGUCCGUCGCACCAGGCGGCCGCUUGCCCGUCUAAGGGUCGAUGUCGGGAGUGCGGAGAGCCGCACCAUUCACUUCUGCACUCCGCCCAGCAGUCUCCGGCCCCGGCGUCGGGGGAAGCGCCGGUCACGGCGCAUGCUGCGACGCGGAUGCCUGCGCAGCGAGUGCUUUUGGCCACAGCCAGGGUUUGUCUGAUGGCGUCCGAUGGCCGAUCCGCUGUGGUUCGAGCGCUCAUUGACCAGGGCUCUGAGGUGAGCCUGGUGUCCGAGGCGCUUGCGCAGCGGCUGCGCGCGUCUCGUAGAUCGGUGGAUGUCGGGCUGUCGGGCGUCUCAGAGGGACCCUCUCAGCGGGUGCGGGCCAGCACGUCAUUGCGGCUCAGGGCAACUGCUGGCCUCCCGUUCUCCACCACGGUGGAGGCCCUCAUUCUACCGAGGCUUACGGCGUACCACCCCCCGCAGAGGGCUCGGCUGACGGGGAAGUGGUCGCAUUUGAGGAACCUCCGAUUGGCGGAUGAUCACGAUGAUGACGAGCGCAUCGAGGCGAUACUUGGAGCGGAGGUAUUCGCCGAGAUCGUGUUGACGGGGCUUCGCCGGGGCCCACGGGGAGCUCCCGUCGCGCAGCGUACCCGCUUGGGGUGGGUGCUGUUCGGGGCUCUCCCGUCUGCCGCCGGAGCGGGCGGCUCUCAUUGUCAUGUGGUGCAGUGUGCGUCGGACAACAUGGCGGAUCUCUUGCGGCGCUUCUGGGAGGUGGAGGAGAUUCCGGUUGCUUCCCCGCUCUCUGAGGAGGAGCGGGCUUGUGAAGAGUUUUUCGCGGCGUCCUUUCGGCGUCGUGCGGACGGCCGCUAUCAGGUGCGGUUGCCUUUCAGGAGCCCUCCGACUGAGCUGUCUCUCGGCGACACUCGGCGGAUUGCCACUGCCUCGUUGCAUCGCUUGGAGCGGCGACUGCUUCGGCAGCCUUCCUUGGGCGGGGCCUAUCGCGACUUUCUUGUUGACUAUGAACGACAGGGGCAUAUGAUCCGCCUGCCGCUCAAUGUCGAGACCCCGCGGCCCUCUUACUUUAUUCCACAUCACCCGGUGAUUAAACAAGCCCCCGAGCUUAAGGUAAGAGUGGUGUUCAACGCCUCGCAGGCGUCCACCAAUGGCCGGUCGUUGAACGACUUGGUGCACGUGGGGCCGCGCUUACAGCGAGAACUGGGCGAGAUUCUACUCGCCUGGCGCAUGCAUCGAGUGGCCUUCUCUGCAGACAUCGAGCAAAUGUUUCGUCAAGUGCGGGUGGCUCCGGAGGAUCAACACCUCCAACAGAUUCUCUGGCGAGACAGCCAGACGCAGGCAAUAUCGGUGUACCGGUUGACCACGGUCACCUAUGGCAUGGCGUGCGCUCCUUAUCUGGCCAUCCGCACGCUGCACCAGCUGGCGCUGGAUGAGCGGGAACGUUAUCCCCGGGCAGCAGACUUACUUCGUCGACAAACCUACGUCGACGAUAUUCUUGCGGGGGCAGAUGACCUUGGGGAGGCACGCAGUCGACAGCGUGAGCUGAGCAGCUUGCUCAUGGCGGGCGGGUUCCGACUCAGGAAGUGGGCGGCCUCACAUCCGGAACUCUUGUCCGGUAUCCCGGAGGGGGACCGCGAGCCUUUGGUGCCUCUGCCGGACCCUGGGGCCGUGGGUGCAUCUGUGCUGGGGGUCGGUUGGAUUCCGGUCGAGGAUGCAUUCUGCUUUUCGGUCAACCCCGGGGCUCAAUCAGCCAUCUCGAAGCGUGGCAUCUUGUCAGUCGUUGCGCGAUUAUACGACCCCCUGGGCUGGUUGGGGCCUAUGGUAGUACUGGCGAAGAUCCUCCUUCAGGACUUGUGGUUGGCCGGGCUCGGUUGGGACGAGGCUUUCCCUUCUCCGCUCUCGCGACGUUGGGACGCCUUUAGCACCGGGCUCGCGGAGGUUUCCGCGAUCCGAGUUCCUCGCUGGACCGGAUGGUCGCCUGAAGUGGAGAUCCAGCUUCACGGCUUCUCGGACGCCUCGGAGCGGGCGUACGCCGCCGUCAUCUACUUACGGGCUCGACGGUCUGAUGGGACCACCCGUAUCGCUCUAUUGGCGUCCAAGACCAGGGUCGCCCCACUAAAGCGGGUAACGUUGCCCCGCCUGGAGCUGUGCGGUGGGCAGCUGCUCUCGCGCCUCAUGAAGGCCAUUGUGGAGGCGCUCGGUUGUGCCGAGGCCUCCCUGGUUUGUUGGACCGACUCUUCUGUCACGCUCCAUUGGAUAACAGGGCAUCCAUCUCGAUGGAUCACCUUUGUCGCCAAUCGCGUCUCGUACAUUCACGAGAGCCUUCCGCGGGCCUCGUGGCGGCAUAUCCCGUCUGGCGACAAUCCCGCGGAUUGCGCCUCCCGGGGUUUGUUGGCCGGCGGGCUACGAGAACACGCCCUUUGGUGGCGUGGCCCCUCCUGGCUUGUCGAGGACCCGGCGGGCUGGCCGGGUCUAACUUGCGUCGCGAGCGACCGAAGCACUUGCGAGGAACGGCGCAUGGUUCACGUGGUGGCCGUGAACCCGGAGGACUGGUCCGGUGUCCUCCGAGCAUGCUCCUUCCGCAAGGCCAUCCGCGUGAUGGCCUAUGUACGACGAUUCCUGCGAGUCCCACGGAUCAGUGGACCCUUAACGGCGGACGAACUGAGUGAAGCUCGACUGCGCCUGCUGCGGGUUACGCAGCACCGCUUCUUCGCGGAGGAAUUGGGCCGUCUGAAGCGGGGGAGCAUUGAUGUCGCGGCCUCCUUGAGUAACCAGGGCAUCACCUGGAAGUUCAUGCCUCCUUCAGCUCCGCAUUUCGGCGGACUGUGGGAGGCAGGAGUGCGGUCCGUCAAACACCACUUGCGAAGGGUAAUAGGAGAGCAGGCACUGACCUAUGAGGAGUUCGCCACUCUUCUAGCUCGCAUUGAGGCCUGUCUCAACUCCAGGCCAUUGUGUCCGUUGACGGACGACCCACAGGACUUGGAGGCCCUGACACCUGGGCACUUCCUGAUUGGGCGCCCGCUGUUGUGUCCGCCUGAGCGAUCCCUCGGGGACGUUCAGGUCGCGAGGAUGAGUCGCUGGCAGCUGCUCCAGCAUAUGACGGAGCAUCUUUGGGAGCGAUGGUCUAGAGAAUAUCUAGCCCAGCUCCAGGUCCGGGGCAAGUGGCUCAUCGCUUCUCGUCCGUUAGACAUCGGCGACCUCGUGCUCUUGGCGGAUAGCCGAUUUCCUCCUACCCGGUGGCCUCUCGGCCGCAUCACCGGCUUGCUGCCUGGCCCGGAUGGGCACGUCCGCGUGGCGCAGGUGCGCACAGCGGACUCGACCCUGACCCGGCCACUGGUCAAGCUGGUGAGGCUCCCUGUGGAUCCGAAAGGGGCUCAUCCCAAUCAACCUUCAACAUGA